GGGCGAGCAUCCUGGCCAGCGGGGCCCACAGCGCGCCCCGCAUCCCAUGGAUAUAGCAACAGGUCCCGAGUCGCUGGAGAGGUGCUUCCCCCGCGGGCAGACGGACUGCGCUAAGAUGUUGGACGGCAUCAAAAUGGAGGAGCACGCCCUGCGCCCCGGGCCCGCCACUCUGGGGGUGCUGCUGGGCUCCGACUGCCCGCAUCCCGCCGUCUGCGAGGGCUGCCAGCGGCCCAUCUCCGACCGCUUCCUGAUGCGAGUCAACGAGUCGUCCUGGCACGAGGAGUGUUUGCAGUGCGCGGCGUGUCAGCAAGCUCUCACCACCAGCUGCUACUUCCGGGAUCGGAAACUGUACUGCAAACAAGACUACCAACAGCUCUUCGCGGCCAAGUGCAGCGGCUGCAUGGAGAAGAUCGCCCCCACUGAAUUUGUGAUGCGGGCACUGGAGUGCGUGUACCACCUGGGCUGCUUCUGCUGCUGCGUGUGUGAGCGGCAGCUACGCAAGGGCGACGAGUUUGUGCUCAAGGAGGGCCAGCUGCUGUGCAAGGGUGACUACGAGAAGGAGAAGGACCUGCUCAGCUCCGUGAGCCCCGAUGAGUCUGACUCUGUGAAGAGCGAGGACGAGGAUGGGGACAUGAAGCCAGCCAAGGGACAGGGCAACCAGAGUAAGGGCAGCGGGGACGAUGGGAAGGAUCCGCGGAGGCCCAAGCGGCCCCGGACCAUCCUCACCACGCAGCAGCGAAGAGCCUUCAAGGCCUCCUUCGAGGUCUCCUCCAAGCCCUGCCGGAAGGUCCGGGAGACGCUGGCGGCGGAGACGGGCCUCAGUGUGCGCGUGGUCCAGGUCUGGUUUCAGAACCAAAGAGCAAAGAUGAAGAAGUUGGCGCGGCGGCACCAGCAGCAGCAGGAACAGCAGAACUCCCAGCGGCUGGGCCAAGAGGUCCUGUCGAGUCGCAUGGAGGGCAUGAUGGCCUCCUACACGCCGCUGGCCCCGCCGCAGCAGCAGAUCGUGGCCAUGGAGCAGAGCCCUUAUGGCAGCAGCGACCCCUUCCAGCAGGGUCUCACGCCACCCCAAAUGCCAGGGAACGACUCCAUCUUCCAUGACAUCGACAGCGAUACCUCCUUAACCAGCCUCAGCGACUGCUUCCUCGGCUCCUCGGAUGUGGGCUCCCUGCAGGCCCGCGUGGGCAACCCCAUCGACCGGCUCUACUCCAUGCAGAGUUCCUACUUCGCCUCCUGAGAGCCAGCCAGGCCGCACGGACGCUUGGGCAAGGGUCCUUGGGUGGGACUGCGGGCCGCUGAGGCCAGCCUCGCCACCCCUGGCCCCACCGCCCGCACAGACUCUGCAGACAGCCAUACAGUGCCCUCCCUGCGGCCAACUGGGCCUGGCUCAAAUGCCCACUGGGCACGGCCAGACAGGCAGAUGGGCGUGGACUGGGCAGGGGCUGUGUCCUGCCCACAGAGACCAUGUCAUCCCCAGGGACCCAGAGCUCUAGGACAGCCACUCGCCUCCAUCACCUCCUUCCCCCUCCCCAUCUCUUUUAUGGGAAGUUUAAAUUCUCUCUAUUUUUUUAAACGUCCUCUCUGUGUCAAGCCAACCUCCAUGGCCUGGGGCCUAGGUCAAGGCAGGGCCCCCAUGCACGCCCAAGACGGUGGUGUUUGAGGUGCCUGUUACCUGGAAAAGCGUGUGUACCUGUGCCCUGUGCUGGUGCCUACCUCCCCCACCUCUGGGGGCAGGCCUGCCAGCCUGGGAUCGCCCCUUCCAACAGG